AACACAAGCAGUCAACCGGUGUGGAACCAACUGCCCUUACCUGCUCUAUCUGCUAGCACUGACAGUGGAAAGUGGCUGCAUCAAGGAGGAGGAAAUAUGGACACACUGUAUGCGUGGUUCUGGUGGGACAGAAUCUGGCUGCCUGAGGGCCUGACAUGGGCUGACCUGGAGGACAAGGAGGGUCGAGUCUAUGCCAGAGCCUCUCAUCUUUACGUCACUGUCCCCUAUGCCUUCGUCUUUUUACUCAUCAGAUACCUGUUUGAAAGAUGGAUAGCAACAUCACUUGCAGCCUCUUUUGGAAUCAAGCAGAGAGUCCACAUAAAACCAGAGGACAACCCCGUCCUGGAACUCUACUACACUACUCAGUGUAGAAAUCCUGCUUCGGCAGACGUUGAUGGUCUUUCUAAGAAAAGCAGUUUGUCAGUGAGACAAGUGGAGCGCUGGUUCAGAAGAAGACGCAGACAGGACUUUCCAGGAGUUCUAAAGAAAUUCAGAGAAGCCAGUUGGAGGUUUGUCUUCUACUUGUCUGCUUUCAUCGGAGGACUAGUGGCGUUGUAUGAUAAAGAAUGGCUUUAUGACACAAAGGAAGUAUGGACAGAUUUUCCCAAGCAGUCCAUGCUGGAGUCUCAGUACUGGUAUUAUAUAUUGGAGAUGAGCUUCUAUGGCUGUCUUCUCUUCAGUGUUGCUUUUGAUGUGAAGAGAAAGGACUUUAAGGAGCAAAUCAUCCACCAUUUGGCCACACUUGUCCUUUUAUCAUUUUCCUGGUGUGUCAACUACAUUCGUAUAGGAACACUGGUCAUGCUUGUCCAUGAUGCUUCUGAUGUUUUACUGGAGUCUGCGAAAUUAUUCAACUACGCCAAAUGGGAGAAAACCUGCCAAACACUUUUUGUUUUGUUUGCCAUUGUGUUCCUGGUAACACGACUGGUCAUCUUUCCAUUUUGGCUAAUCCACUGCACCUGGGUGUACCCUAUUCUCCACUACCCAGCCUUCUUCGGCUACUACUUCUUCAACGUGAUGCUGGUGCUCCUUCUCUGUCUUCAUAUAUUCUGGGCCUAUCUCAUUCUCCGCAUGGUCAAGAAAUUCAUGUUUGGCACUUUAACUAGAGAUGAGAGAAGUGACAAUGAAGAGGAAGAAGGGGAAGAGAGCAGCCCAGCAGAAGAUGAAGGUGAACAACAAAACAAGCCUGUCAAUGGACUGUCAGUUGAUGACAAGGACAACAAGAAUGGUAGCUUUGGAUGCUUGUCUCCACCAGAGAACCUCUGCUGGUCAAAGACUGUGUACUGACUCAUGUUCACUAUAAUCUAUAGAGAAAAAUAUGUGAUAAAAAGAAAAGUGGUGAAUACAUUUCAUCCGAUAUUUAUUAUUUUGUUAGAAACUCACCUCAAACUAACCCAAAGUAAGGCUUGAUGCUCUCACUUUGAACUGCUCACAUGUACAGAAAAAAUGAUUUAUAGCUUUUUUGUCAUUGUUCAGCAGGGCUG